AUGUCGCAGGUCUGUCGUGGACUGUGGUUUAGGACAGCACAUCUGAGGAGCCCCAUGAUGGUCACACUGUCACAGCACUGCCAUGACUUACCAGAUAUUGCUGUGGUCAUGCCUGCCACAUCUCAGCUGUGCUCCUGUGAAGCACAAAGGGCUUCAGCUAAAGAAGCGAAAGACACAUCACUGCAAGCUGCUCAGAAAUUGAACCUGUCUUCCAAAAAGAAGAAGCACAGGCCUUCUGCAUCAUCUGUUCCUGAAUCUCCUCUCUUCUCUACCUGCUUCAGCAGUAUCCUUCAGACUUCCCCACCGCCUGCACCACCUUGUUUGUUGAGGGCAGUCAGCAAAGUGAAAGACACUCCUGGUUUGGGCAAGGUCAAAGUCAUGGUGCGCAUUUCUUCCACGCUUGCCAGAGACACGUCUGAGUCCAGCUCUUUCUUAAAAGUUGACCCCCGUAAGAAGCAAAUCACACUGUACGACCCAUUGGCCUGUGGAGGUCAGAAUGCUUUCCAGAAAAGGGGCAGCCAGGUUCCACCCAAGAUGUUUGCAUUUGACGCAGUUUUCCCUCAAGAUGCAUCACAGGCUGAAGUAUGUGCUGGGACUGUGGCUGAGGUGAUCCAGUCUGUGGUCAAUGGGGCAGAUGGCUGCGUGUUCUGCUUUGGUCAUGCCAAGCUUGGGAAGUCAUACACCAUGAUUGGGAAAGAUGAUUCCAUGCAAAACCUUGGAAUAAUUCCUUGUGCCAUCUCGUGGCUAUUCAAGUUGAUUAAUGAACGCAAAGAGAAGACAGGAGCGCGCUUCUCGGUCCGGAUUUCUGCGGUGGAAGUGUGGGGGAAGGAGGAAAAUCUGAGAGACCUGUUGUCAGAAGUGGCAACAGGCAGCCUGCAAGAUGGCCAGUCCCCAGGUGUCUACCUUUGUGAAGACCCCAUUUGUGGCAUGCAGCUUCAGAAUCAGAGCGAGCUCCGUGCCCCUACGGCAGAGAAGGCCGCCUUCUUCCUGGACGCCGCCAUCGCCUCCCGCCGCAGCAGCCAGCGGGACUGCGCUGAGGAGGAUCACCGCAACUCCCACAUGCUCUUCACGCUGCACAUCUACCAGUACCGCAUGGAGAAGAGCGGCAAAGGCGGAAUGUCUGGAGGUCGCAGCCGCUUGCACCUUAUUGACCUGGGCAGCUGCGUGAAAGUGCUCAGCAAAAACCGCGAGGGAAGCUCUGGCCUCUGUCUCUCUUUGCCUGCGCUGGGCAAUGUCAUCCUCGCCCUUGUCAAUGGGAGCAAACACAUCCCGUACAAAGACAGCAAGCUGACCAUGUUGCUCCGAGAGUCCUUGGGGAAUAUGAACUGCCGCACCACGAUGAUAGCUCACAUUUCAGCCGCUGCAGGGAACUAUGCUGAGACGCUCUCCACCAUCCAGAUUGCCUCAAGGGUCCUCAGGAUGAAGAAAAAGAAAACUAAGUACACAUCAAGUUCUUCUGGAGGAGAGAGCUCUUGUGAGGAGGGCCGGAUGCGGAGACCAACCCAGCUGAGGCCUUUCCAUUCUAGAAACACUGUGGACCCAGACUUCCCUAUUUUGCAUUUAUCCAGUGAUCCUGAUUAUUCAUCCAGCAGUGAGCAGUCAUGUGACACGGUGAUUUAUGUUGGCCCCAAUGGCACUGCCCUUUCUGACAAGGAACUGACAGAUAAUGAGGGUCCCCCUGACUUUGUUCCCAUAGUUCCUGCUUUGCAAAAGACCAAAAAUGAGGGCAGAUUGGAGGAAAUUAGUGAAUCAGGGCCCAGCACGUCUGAAAGAGACUGCCUGAAGUGCAACACCUUUGCAGAGCUCCAGGAGAGACUGGACUGCAUCGAUGGCAGUGAAGAGACCGACAAAUUUCCCUUUGAAGAGAUGCCUGCUCAGUUUAGUUCAGACCAGACGCCUAAGUGCGCUGUCUCAAGCCAGCUGGCAGAGCUUAGCCACUUACCAGAGUCAGAUAAGGAAGAUACAAUGACAGAAUGUCAGAAUCCUGAUAGAGAAGCCAAGGAAAAUACAAACACAACCCCCAGCAAAACUAGGAGAAAUCACUCCCCUGUUCCUUCUGGAGCUCUUACCAAUCUUUCAACUCCUUCUUCUCCCAGGAGUGUAACAGGCAGCUCUAGUAAAGACCUUAACUCUUGUCAGUUAGCACACAGCACCAGCUUGCAGAGCAGCAGAGAAGGGCUCAACACCUGUGGAUUUGUGGAAGGCAAACCUCGGCCAAUGGGUUCACCCCGGCUUGGCAUUGCAAGCCUCUCAAAGACAUCUGAGUAUAAGCCACCGACUUCUCCUUCCCAGAGGUGCAAGGUCUAUACACAGAAAGGAGUCCUGCCCAGCUCUACUCCCCCACCAGCUCCACUGAGUAAGGAUGCUGCCAUGACAUCUACUGAAUCUUUAUUACAGCCAGAAAUCCGGACCCCACCUGUAGGCAUGAGCCCUCAGAUUAUGAAAAAAUCAAUGUCGUCCAACAAUGGGGAUUUGGAAGAGACGGUUCUCAAUGAAGAUCAGCAGCAAAGCAUUUCUCCAGAAUCCAAGAAGGAGAUUCUGAGCACAACCAUGGUGACUGUGCAGCAGCCAUUGGAGCUGAAUGGAGAAGAUGAGCUUGUGUUCACCCUUGUGGAAGAACUGACCAUUAGUGGUGUCCUUGACAAUGGGCGCCCAACCAGUAUCAUCAGUUUUAACAGUGACUGCUCUGUGCAGGCUUUGGCCUCUGGCUCUAGGCCAGUCAGUAUUAUCAGCAGUAUCUCUGAAGAUCUUGAAUGUUACUCCAGUGCAGCUCCUGUGUCUGAAGUCAGCAUCACACAGUUCCUUCCUCUUCCAAAGUUGAGUCUGGAUGACAAACCCCAGGAUGAUGGCAGCAGGCGCUCAUCCAUCAGCUCGUGGUUGAGCGAAAUGAGCACGGGGAGUGACGGUGAGCAGUCGUGCCACAGCUUUAUAGCCCAGGCGUGCUAUGGGCAUGGGGAAGCAAUGGCAGAGCCCCCUGUCUCCGAGUUUGCAAGCACCAUACAAAGCGCCAGCAUGAUUUGUGUAAGUGACAGACAGAAGUCAGUGGCUGACAACAUGCUUAUACUGUCAGAAAUUGGGGAGGAAGCUUUCAGCAAAGUGCCACCCAUCAAAGGCUGUAAAAUAUCAGCUCUAGGCAAAACUACUGUCACAAUCAAAAACACAGCAAAUCUUAGCAGCUGUGAAGGCUACAUCCCAAUGAAGACGAACAUUACUGUGUAUCCAUGUAUUGCUGUUAAUUCCUUCAAAGCUCAAGACACUGAUGAUGUUGUACCGGCUGGAACUGCAGACCCAAAGGCUGUUCAUCCCCGUGAAGGGAAAGAAUCCAUUGCUAAGAAGGUUAUCAAAUUUGAAGACCCUUGGUUGAAGAGAGAAGAAGAUGUUAAAAAGGACAGCUCUGGGAGCAGUGAUGAGCCAAGGCCUGACAUAGUCAUGGUUUCAGCCAAGCCUGAGCACAGCACAAAACAGUCCUCCACAGACAGGCUUAGCACCAGCAGUGGGGACACCUCUAUUUCCCCAGGAUCUGACAGUCUUAAAAGGAUUGUGGAUGGGUGUGAGGUGGCAACAUCUGGCUCUGCAACCCAAAGCCCUGUUCAUUCCAGUGAUGGCUUGAAGAAUUGUAGCCUCCCUCGAGGGCUCCCAAAGGCAAGCAAGGUGGAGGAAUCUGACAGUCAUCUCCAUCCUACUUCUACUGACAGCACUGGAGUCAGUUCUUCUGCCCUUCCCCAGUUUUCUAAGGCUAGUCUUGACAGGAAAAUAGCCUCUCCCAAACACUGCAUACUCACUCGUCCCAAAGGGACUCCUCCUCUGCCACCUGUGAGAAAGUCAAGCUUGGAUCAGAAGAACAGAGCCAGCCCCCAGCACAGUGCAGCCAGCAGCACCACAAGCAGUCCCUCCAGCCAGCCUGUGUCCUUCCUGGCCAGCUUCCCAGAGGAGCAGAAUGGCAAACAAAAAGGCCCUGGCAUAGAUAGCAGCAUCAACAACAGCAGCAGCAAGCUCUUCAGUGCCAAGCUGGAGCAGCUUGCCAGCAGGACCAACUCCCUAGGGAGGUCCACAGGAAGCCACUAUGAGUGUUUGUCACUGGAAAGAGCCGAAAGUCUGUCCUCUGUGAGCUCCAAAAUGAGCCCUGGCAGAGACACCACCAUGCCUAGGGCUGGAAGGAGCUUCAGCCGCAGUGCCAUGUCCUCACCCACCAACUCGGGCCUUUCCCAGUCGGCAGGUGCCUCCCCAAAAGCCAGCCAGUCAAAGAUCUCUGCUGUCAGCAAGCUUCUUCUGGCAAGUCCCAAGGCCCGCAGCCUCUCUGCCUCUGCCACCAAAACGCUCAGCUUCUCCACCAAGUCUCUGCCUCAGUCUGUAGGGCAGAGCUCCAGUUUGCCCCCAAGUGGGAAGAACAUGUCCUGGUCAAUGCAGUCCCUCAGCAGAAGCCGGGGCUCCAGCCUUGCUUCCAAAUUGCCCCUUCGAGCUGUCAAUGGGCGGAUUUCAGAGCUGCUCCAAGGGAGCACCAGUGCCAGAGGCGUACAGCUGCCGGGAAGCUUGGAGACGGAUGAACGUGGGGGCCUUCCUGGAGACGAGAAGCCAGCUGUUCACAUGCUGCCUUCACCUUACAGCAAGAUCACCCCUCCUCGGAAACCUCACCGCUGCAGCAGCGGCCACGGGAGCGACAACAGCAGCGUCUUGAGCGGGGAGCUGCCCCCUGCCAUGGGGAAAACAGCCCUCUUCUACCACAGCGGGGGCAGCAGCGGCUAUGAGAGCAUGAUGAGGGACAGCGAGGCGACGGGGAGUGCCUCCUCAGCGCAGGACUCCAUGAGCGAGAACAGCAGCUCUGCCAGUGGCAGGUGCCGGAGCCUCAAAACCCCAAAGAAACGAUUAAAUGCAGGCUCACAGAGGAGGAGGCUUAUUCCAGCUUUAUCCCUUGACACUGCCUCCCCAGCAAGGAAGCCUGCCAAUAGCCCCGGGGUCCGCUGGGUGGACGGGCCGCUGCGGAGUGGGCAAAGGGGGCUGGGGGAGCCCUUUGAGAUCAAAGUCUAUGAGAUAGAUGAUGUGGAGAGGCUCCAGAGACGGCGAGGUGGGGACAGCAAGGAGGUGAUAUGUUUCAAUGCCAAGCUGAAAAUCCUCGAGCAUCGCCAGCAGAGAAUCACUGAGGUCAAGGCCAAGUAUGAGUGGUUAAUGAGAGAACUGGAGGUGACCAAACAGUACCUGAUGCUGGAUCCUAACAAGUGGCUCAGUGAAUUUGAUCUGGAGCAGGUAUUUGAGCUGGAUUCCCUGGAAUACUUGGAGGCCCUGGAAUGUGUGACUGAGCGUUUGGAAAACCGUGUCAACUUCUGCAAGGCCCAUCUCAUGAUGAUCACCUGUUUUGACAUCACAUCUAGACGCCGAUAAAGUAUGAACCUCAAGAGAAUUUCAAUGUGCAUCUCUGCCAUCCUCCUUUUCCCUUGCAAACAGCAUCCCAAAGACAAAAGAAAGAGGAUGAAGGUUGGAGUCAAGUCUCAGCUGUGCGUAUGAGAGAUUUGCUAUAUUAUACAGAGGAGUAGUAUUAAAAAAACAAACAGAACAAGCAUGGAAAAUGGAGUGAGAAGGUUGUUGAUACUCUUAGCCUAAAAGAGCACUUUGUGGAACCUUUUAAUGUCUGUAAAUAAGAACUGCUGGCAGAAGACACUUCUUUCGCUGCAUUAGCUGAGGAAGGAGGAAAGGUGGUUGUGGGACUUCCAUUGAGAGGUUCAUUAAAACAAAACCUAUCCAGAAAAACUGAUCAAGUGCCUUGCAAAUCUUUGUUACCCAAACAUUUAUGUUCAUACUUUAUUGUGUACAGAUGGUGCUAGUCAAGAAAAGAAAAAGGAAAAAAAAAAAGCAAAUACACUUUUGAAAUGUAUUUACAGCUUGUUUUUCUCUUGGUGUUUUCUCCUAUUUCAGACUUGCUGUUUCUAAGUAACUUGUGUUUGUAGAGAUAUUUCCUAAUCAGUACAACAUAUAAAUAAAUGUUAACUGUCUUUUCUUGUUACCAGAGUAAGGCCACUCAAAGAGAAAUUCAGCUUUCCCAGAUGACACAAACAUACUUCUAACAGAGAGUAAGGUUUGUUUAAAUGCUUUUCUGUACUCUCUUAUAUAUUGGAGAACACCAUCAUUUUCCCAGCCUUUUAGGUUUUGCAGUGUGUGAGAGAGAAGUGACAUUACUGUGAAGUAAAUAUCUUUUCGAUUUGAUCCAACCCUCAUAACUUGUUUUCUUCUUCAUAUAUGUUUUGCUUUGUACUGGCUGGAGUUAUGAAUGAGGAAGUACUUUUAUCCUAACCCUUUUUUCUGGUGCUAGUAAUGUGCUGGAAAAUUGUCCUCUCGCUAAGGGUUCCCAUGUUCAUCAGUCCAAAAAUGAGUGAUUUAUUCUUUGUUGAGACUAUGAGCGAUCAAAUUUAGCUCUGCCUCUUUACGACACACACCACUGUUCGUCAGCUUCUGAACCCUGGCCCAGUGUGUCCAUACUCACAGAUGUACCUGAGAAGUACAGACUCUGCUCAGCUCAGCACAUCUGGAAAUAAAGAAAAUUAGUAGAUACAGCACUUUAAGCAUGAUGGCUGUGGCAUCCUUUACUAGUCCUGAAGCCAUGGCGAAAUUCACAUUGACAUCAAAAGGACAAGGGUCUGCAGCUCCAUACACAUCCAGUUAUUCUACUAGUUGGCCCCUUUAUCUACAAAACAGUAUGUGGGAAGGAACAUUCUUUGUAUUUCAUAAACAAAUGUACCAAACCUGCAUUUUAAUUACAUAUGAGCAUAAAGAAUUACUUUGUUGAAUUAGGUUUCUUAUUCCUCUAUACUGAAAUAAGCACAUUCACAAAAAUUCCUCUCUCACAUAGAUUUGUGUUACUCUCCUGUUGCCUAUGAGGAAAUAAGAGUCUCUUUCAAUAUACUCAAAAUGCAUCAAUUAACUACUGUAAUUAAGUGCAACUCUUUUUACCUGCACCAUCAUAUCAGUGCUGUCUUACAACACCCCAAGCAGCAAGUCGCAAUGGAAAAAUAAUACUGGUAGAUUUUUUAGUGGUUAGUGAAUGGAAAAGCUUUUUUAAAAGGUAGAAGUAACAUUUGUAUAGUUUUAUUUUAUUUUAGUGCUCUACAACUUUUAAUAACAAAUCUUACUCACUUUAUUACCCUUGUCACUGGAUUUUGUAGAAAAUUCUACUUAAAAUCUAUAGGAUUAUUUGGAAAGAAAAAAAAGUCCUGUGUGAAAGUCACUUUCUAGUCUGUUCCACAGCAAUUUCCUAUAAUGAAAUUUAUAAAUGAAGUAUUAAAAACAUAUCCCUUUUUCUCUCAAAGAAAAAACCACAAACCAACCAACUCUGAAAAUCCUCCCCCCAAACAAUGCAAUUUAACUGGCUUUCUUCUCUUUAUAGCAAUUUCAGUAGCAGUUACUAUGUAUUGGUUCUUUGGAGGCCAUCUCUUCUCUGCAGAGCCCCAUGGAUUGAGUACAGCUGCAGAGAGCCAAGGAAAUCCUCCCUGCACACAGUUCAUGACUUACACAGGAGUGGUGAUGUUUCUAUAAAUCAAGUGGACACAUUUCGGAGCUGUUGUAAAAUACCUAUUGCAUAUAAUAUCCCUCACCCUCAUGAACUCAAUUAUUCAUUGACUCUGGAUUUGGUGCUUCUGUAGAUUAGGAGGCAUUUUUUAUGGUUAGGCAUACCUAACCAUUAUUUUAAAGAGUAAGAGCAUAUGUUCACCCUGUUUAUCAUGAUGGACAAAAAUUGAUCCCUGAAACCAAACUGAUUACACCAAGGAUGAAUUUUGCAUACUAAAACAUAUAUGCUAAUUGAGCAGAAUCACAGUACUUAUAAAUAUUUUAUUCCUGAGGACCUAAUCAGAGUAGCUGUUAACUCCCAUAAUAUACUAGUAUUCAUAUUCUAAAAUCCAUAUGCAUUCUUGACUUUCUGUCAUUUCAUUUCAGAAUUUGCCACUAUGUUUUUGAGAACUGUGAUAGCUUAAUACAAAAUAAGGAAUGAUAAAUUUGUGGAGAUUUGACAUGAUAAAUCUUUUUCUUCUUGAAAACAGCUUUUUACUUCAGAAUUUAUAUUAUUGUAAUUCAAGUAUUUGCAAAACACAUAAAUCAAAGCAUUCAGGACCUUAUUAUCAAAUUGAUGACAGUUUGCAGUAGCCAGCAUUUUAGAGAAGACACAUACACUUCUGCAAGUCACCUAGGAAGUCCCAUUCUUUAAGGCAUUGCCAGCAUAGUGCUGUUUUUAUGCUGAUUUUUUAAAAGGCAUCAUGUUGCCCAAAAUACACAAGAGCAACAUGAAUGUAAUGCCUCAUCAUUUUCACAUUCAGAAAUCAAUCUUAUUUCCCUGGAACAGCUUUAGUAGGGAACAGCACUGUCAAUGUUAUUAGGUUUGAAGGUUAAUUCUUUGUUUGCACGUGUCACAGGAGAUCACAGCUCUUCAUUGUCAGGCUGUGAGAUGACUGUGGAACACCAGCACUGCUCCACAUCCCCACCAGCACCUGGGGCACUUCCUGACAACUCCUGCUCUUGGCAUACACAAACCUUAUUCAUACAAGGGACAGGAGUUGCUCUAUAGCCAUAAAAUCAAGUGUAACCAUAGGCUGGAGACUUGGGCUUCAAGACCAUGGAUUCAGAUGUCUUUGUGCUCUGAAGGGUGUGGGAGAGCCCUAAUUCCUGGUACAUUUGUCACAUGUAUUUUCUUUUGCCAUAUAUGCCUGGCAUUUGCUUCAAAACAAUUCCUUGACAAUUCAUUCAGAACCAAGUAAUCCAAAGUAUUACUUUACAGAAAGACAAGAAAGGAAACUAAUGUUCUCCUUUCUUAGGUUUUCUUCUCAUCUCACCUUCUCUGAUAAAACUGAGGCACAAUUGCAUUAAGAAUCAGAAGAAUUAUGACAGAGUAAACCCAGUCGUGAGGAAAAUAUAUCCACUUGCAAUUUUUUGGGGUAUUUACUGUUAGUAAUAUAGUAGAAGAUCAUACAUGCUACUCUUAUGUAUUUAACACCCCUUCAUUUUGUGUAAGGACACAGGACUAUUGCUGAACAUCUAUCUUCGAUCCAGUCUUAGAAGACCCACUGCCAUAAAUCCUAGCUUCUGAAACUUGCAGGUCCAUAAAAUAGUAACUGGUACCAAGUAAUGGCAUGAUCCUCUGACAUGAUUCUUAGUGAAAGCUGCAUAAAAUGUAUGAAAAGGGAUCAAAGAUACACACUGGCAUUUUUUUCUUUUAUCUCUAAAUGUGGCAAUUAUAGAGGCUGAAAGCUGGGACUGAUGCUGGGAGUAAUACACACCAAAUCCCAUGUUUGCUCACAGGGCAUAGUCAGUCUAUCUUGAAGUGUGGGUUUUACUUUUUCACUUUUUUCAUUUAUCUCAAUAAUAUGGCUUGUCUUAAAGUAGGGACCUGUGGCAUGGAAUUCAAAUGUGAUGACAGCUGAAAAAUACAGACUCUUUUACAAAAAUCACCUUUUACAGAUGUUUGUGAUUUUACUGCAUCUUUUUUAAUGUGCUAAAAAUCAUUAUAGAAACAAAAGUUGUACGUGCACGGAUAAAUACACAUGCACACAGCCU